AUGACUGUGAAACCUCUGCCGCUUUACCCAUCAUCGCGAGUGCAGUCAUCCCUCUCCCCCUCCCAACUGGCUUCCUUGAAUCAGAAGAUCUCACUCGCUCUUCAAGAAACUCUCUCUCUAACGCCUUCAAGACGCGACACACCGGAAACCGUUGCAUUCGUCUCUUCAUAUGCGCGCGAUGCUGCCCAAAAUAUCCUGCAUUCCAUCAUCUGGGCAGCAGGGACUUCCUCGUCCACAAAACAAUCGAAGUCUCGUGACAUGAAGGCCAUCCACUCACGCGUCCUCCUGCUCGUCGAACGAGUCGAUUCUGGCCUUCUUGAUAUGCAGACCAUCUUUGAUCUUACCAUUGCGUACUCUGCGCAUCCCGCUCGCCUUCGUGCUAUUAUCGCCAAAGCAUUCGAUUCAUCUGCUACGCUUCUUCAGAUAUUGACUGCAUCUGUUCUACCUGCCCUGACAGCAAUGUUUCAGCCUGCAUCUUCGUCUGGGCUUUAUGGAUUGCGGAAAACCUCCCACAGCCUUCUAUGCUUUUUCCGUGUUUCACCACCACCUGUCCUCCUCGCUUUCGCACGACAUAAACCAUUCCUUCUUGCUUUGGCCAAUGCAUAUGAUGCAGGCCUUGGAUCUCUCGCACAAUCAUAUGGAGGGUUUAGACUGGACUCCGCCAGUUCAGCUGCGCCAUCGCGUGAAUUAGAUGACUGGGAACGUAUACUUCUCGAGACAAAAGUGGCCUUGAUAGAUGCAUUUCAUAUCCUCUUCAAAUGUAUCCUCGAGGAUCUAUCUCGGUCCCAGGGACCAGCGCUUGCAUCUGCCUCUGAACAAACAUUCGACAUCUUCUUCGCAUUGCUCGAAAUCCCCACUCCACUCAGGAACACGAACGUUCCCUCGACCCCUUUUUACAAUCGCCCUCUACUAGUAGAUUAUCAAAACGCUUAUGAUCUCUCUCACCUGCUACAGAAGACGCUCGGCAACGCUGCAAUUGACGAUGCACGCGUAGAAUUCAUCACGACUUCCUUGCGCUCUCUUGAUGCAUCUUCCUCAAACGAUUCGAACCGAGACCCUGGAGUAUUAAAAUUGCUACUAGGUUCCGGUGCACCUCCAGGGAUCGAUGUGCGCGGCAAGGGCACCAGUCGCAAGAUCCGUAAUUCUGCCAUUGAAUCGACGCCCGUCGCAGCUCCCCCGUCUUCCGUUAAUCAAGAUGAUGUAGAACAACACGUGUCAGAAGUGCUGUCUAUCCUGCCAGACCACCCGCGAGCCUACAUACGCGGACUGCUAUUUCUACCGGAAUUCGACACCGUGGAGCGCGUUAUACAAGCACUGCUCGAAGGCACUGCUCCACCUCAAGAGCAAGUUGAGCGCUCUGCCGUGCUGAGGGGACCACCCUUAGGGCCUCCCGGCGAGAUUGAAUUUACGAAAGAGCGACUGAACGUGUUCGAUGAUGAGGUGAUGGAUCUGUCCAGCGUACGGAUUGGGAAAAAGAAAGAAAAUACCGCUGCAGUCCUCCGCGAUCGUACGUUCAUCGAGCAGAUGAAGGCCGAUAUCUUGCGACGCGCCGAGGAAGUGAGCGACUCCGAGGAGGAAACUGUCGUGGACAUCCUCCAUGCUGGAGAUAAAGGCAAGGGAAAGAGCCAGGGCAAGGGCAAGGGUGUAGAUAUCGCAUUCGACGAAGCAUUGGAGAUAGACACGGUCAGAGUCGGUGGAGAUGGCGAGGAAAGCGACGAAGACGAAGCCGAUAAUGAGAGCGAGGAAGCGCGCGCAGCGCAGAUAGAGACGAUCCUCGAGUUGGCGUACAUCUCUAACCCUGCAGUUUUCGACAGAGACAUGAUGACGAGGAGAAGUCAGGGAAGGCGUACGUUGCAGGCUCAGACCGGUUGGGCCGACGAGCAAAUCGAAGGAUGGAAAAUCAUGCUAGAGAGAAACCCCAAGCAAAAAGAAAAGAUGCUUCAAAAGCACGAAUUUUCUGGGAAUAAGCCACUCUCUGCACCUCCAUCGACGGGGCCAAGCCGCACUCAAACACCCGACAACGGGCAGCCCUCACAAGGACGCAAUGAACGAGGACGCGGUGGUGGCCGAGGGAGGGGCGGCCGAGGUGGCGGAGGCCGGGGUGGAGGUGGAGGUGGCCAAGGUAGCGAACAAAGAGAUCGAGCGUGGAAGGACAAGAACAAGGCGAGUCGGGCAAAUCAUGACCGUAAACGGGGACAUGAUCGGAAGAUGGCUAGAGGCGGAGGGCCACCCAGUUGAUAUUGUCUCAACAGAUGGGACGAGUGCUGUCAAGUCAAAGGUGGUAGUAUAUCGUAUGUAACGCCGUUACAUGGCAGCAGUGAGACUAUAAAUGCUACAUCAGAGAAGAG